AUGGCGGCUACUUCUGGGACAGGGUCGGCUUCUACAGCAGAGGCUAGCCCGGCAGUGGAGGCCUCUAUCACUCAAAAGAUGGUCUCUGCGACCUGUGGCAGCGUUCUCACCGGACUCCUAGUGACUCCUCUAGACGUUGUUCGCGUUCGAUUACAAUCUCAGUCCCCUAUCAAAAAUACCUCUCCAUUUACGUCACACACCACAGCCACCCUAAAGAACGCGCCACCCAACCUCGGAGUCACUGCUUGCUGUCGUGAAGUGUUUUGGGGAGGGCAGAACUCACAAAUAUGUAUGGUUGGACCUAACGGCAACACUCUGGGGGCCACCUCCCAGUCGGUCGCGGAGUGCGCGGUGGAAGAGACGCAGCGCAGGACGUUUACAUCUACACUGGAUGGUCUACGGAAGAUUGCUCGAAACGAGGGCGUGUUGACACUCUGGCGUGGGCUGAGCCCUACACUAAUGAUGGGGAUACCUGGAAACGUCAUUUACUUUGCUGGGUACGAUUGGUUGCGCACUGAUGAAAGGAGCCCGAUCAAACGCGUUAUCCCUGGCGCAUACGUGCCCUUCAUUGCAGGCGCAGUUGCGCGAGUAGCCGCAGCCACGGCUAUAAGUCCGAUUGAGAUGUUCCGGACACGCUUGCAGGCAACACCCGGUACUGGCGCAGGGCAUUUCAAAGCCACGCUCGAGGGUCUGCACCAGAUGACCAAAGCUAAAGGGUACGGCUCCUUGUGGCGUGGGUUCACUCUUACAAUGUGGCGCGAUGUACCCUUCUCUGGACUUUACUGGUGGGGGUACGAGGAAGUGAAGAAGUCCAUAAUCGAGAUGCGCAAGAAGACACACGGGCUUAAUCUGCCCAAGAGUGUGUCAUCAUCAACGCAGUUGGGGACCUCUGAUAUAGAUGGAAACACAUUCUUGGAUAGCUUCGUUGCUGGAUCUGUGUCGGGCGCAUUGGCUGCGUUCGUGACGACGCCAUUUGAUGUCGGAAAAACACGCCAGCAGGUAUUCCGGCAUAUGGGGGAUGAUGCGCCAAAUGCUGUUGGCAGCAAUGUCGCCAAGGGAGCCCUCCAACCGGAGCAGCUUUCAUUACCCAAAUUUCUUAUGCACAUCUUCCGUGAAGAAGGCGCAGCAGGUCUCUUCCGAGGCUGGGUGGCUCGUUGUCUCAAGGUGGCCCCGGCAUGCGCUAUUAUGAUCUCAACAUAUGAGGUGGGCAAGAAGUUUGCUCGAGACGUCAACGAGCGACGCCAGCCUUCGCCCGAUGGCAAGGACUAA